UUAUAUAAUAUUAAUUAAAAUGAAGAGUCGGAUUGAGAAAUAUGAAAAACUUGAUAAGAUAGGUGAAGGUACCUAUGGAAUCGUGUUCAAAGCAAAGGAUACAUCUACUGGAGAGGUGUACGCACUCAAGAAAAUUAGAUUAGAGUCUGAAGAUGAGGGAAUCCCUUCGACUGCGAUCCGUGAAAUUGCUUUACUUAAAGAACUUCAGCAUCCAAACAUUGUCAAACUUCAUGAUGUAAUCCAUACCGACAAAAAGUUGACCCUUGUGUUUGAGUUCUUAGAUCAGGAUCUCAAAAAGCUUCUGGAUUUAGCAGGAACCGAAGGACUUGACUUGCCUACUAUUAAGUCGUUUUUAAACCAACUUUUGAAAGGAAUUGCACAUUGUCAUAAAAACAGAGUUUUACAUAGAGAUUUGAAGCCUCAAAACUUAUUGAUAAACAGAGAAGGAGUACUCAAGUUGGCAGAUUUUGGAUUGGCUAGAGCCUUCGGAAUCCCUGUCAAGAAUUACACUCACGAGGUUGUCACUCUUUGGUACAGAGCUCCAGAUAUUCUAAUGGGAUCGAAGAAAUAUAGCACAUCUGUUGAUAUAUGGAGUGUAGGCUGUAUUUUUGCAGAAUUGGUUAAUAGAAGGCCAUUAUUCUCAGGAGCAUCAGAGAAAGACCAACUUGACAAAAUCUUCAAGAUUAGAGGUACACCUGAUCAAGACGACUGGCCUGAUAUGACUGAACUGCCGUUGUAUGAGGAAGGAUUACCAGCUUAUGAGCCUCAGAGUCUAGCAGAUUUAGUCCCAGAAUUAGAUGAAUCUGGACUAGACCUUCUCGAUCAGAUGUUGCAAUGAAACCCAGACAAAAGAAUAUCAGCUGCAGAAGCUCUUAAGCAUGAAUUCCUUGAAGAUGUCAUCGAUGUUUAUCAAGAAGGUUAAGAAGAUACUAGUCAAACAGU